AUGGAUAUUCAGCAAGAACCCAUGAAUGGAUUCAGUGAUAACGGGCAGGUAAGUGAUGUCAACUCUUAAUCAAAGUCUCUUAUACUUGUUGACUUUUUCUAGCUAAAUUCCAUCGCCUUGUUGGGUAUGAACUUUACAAAAAAACCUAAACAGCAGCGCGGAAGUAAUUACUCUAUGAUUCCUUGUUUCCCCUUUUUUUGCAUGCCAAGACUUCGUGAGAACACGUGCUUAUUUAUUUCCGCGUCCGGACUUUUCGUUCGAUAACAGUUCGUUUCAAUACAGUACCGUUCGAUAUGCGGUGUAUACCCAAAAAUGUGGUGUAGGGCCAAGUCGAGCGAGUUUGAAAGGACCCGGAGUUAGACCGAUCUUUCUCGUAAGGAAUGCAGUGUUUAUAUUUACGGCCCGGCCUCCGGCCCUGCCAGGUCUCACAAAGGGGCCCGGCCGGGCCGAACUCCAGAGCAAUGUCUAUACUUCUCCCACUCAGUAUCGAUCAAAUUCAAACGAAAUUUUUAGUGUGGUUUUUCGACCAAAAAAUAUUUUCUCGGAAUUAUUUUAUUUAUUUUGGUAAUUCCUGACACUUCGUUUGGACAAAACUCAAAAGUGGGCGGAAUAGAUUUUUGUUCUGUUUUAGGUUGCCGUGCGACCUGAAGUAUUCGACCCGAAACUGUCGCUGACAAGUCGUAGCGCCUAUGGGGUUAAAACUCCGAACGCGUUGCUAAUAUCUCAGUCAUAGCCGUUUCAUCCCUGCACCCGCUCCUAUCUAUGCCCGUGAUAAUCUUUGAUUCCGAAUUCAAGCGCAUUUCAGAACUUUCUGAGAUUUUUUGCAAUUCAACCGAUUCAGGACUACACUACAAAUAGCUUUUCAGUGUUCAAUCUUUGCCCCUUUUUGCUAUGUUCUCGUAAUUUGCGGCACCACGACAUUUCCGGAAUUUGGACACUUCCGGAAUGGCGGAAUAGUGACACUUCCGGAAUGGCGGAACAGUGACACUUCCGGAACCGGGGAAAAAUCAAAGAAGAGGCUUAGACCUGCCAUCUGAACCAUCUGACUGGAUUUAUUGUUAUUAAUCUCAAAAAUUUUGUUAUUUUUUUUCUGAUUGUUACUUUUUUCUUAAGUAGUAGUGUUAAAAAGUAAUUUUUUGGAAUUUGUCCAAAAAUACUGGAUUUAGGGGUUUUCGAGGGUGCUGAUUUCGAAAAUCAUGUUAGCUUUCCUCUUCAUAGUACUAUCUGGUACUAUACAGUACGAAGUGAAAAUAUGGCUUUUGGCGUUAAUGGUGUUGUUUUGAUGCUUGGUACUCCUCAAAAACACGUUUUAAAUAAUUGGUACUGUUUAGUACUGUCUGGUACUGUGUAGUACAAGGUAAAAAUUUGGCCUUAAGGCGUUAUUGGUGUUGUUCUGUUCCUUAGUACUCCUAUUUUCACCUUGUACUACAUAGUACCAGACAGUACUAAACAGUACCAGUUAUUUAAAACGUGUUUUUGAGGAGUACUAAGCAUCAAAACAACACCAUUAACGCCAAGAGCCAUAUUUUCACCUUGUACUGUAUAGUACCAGAUAGUACUAUGAAGAGGAAAGCUAACAUGAUUUUCGAAAUCAGCACCCUCGAAAACCCCUAAAUCCAGUAUUUUUGGACAAAUUCCAAAAAAUUACUUUUUAACACUACUACUUAAGAAAAAAGUAACAAUCAGAAAAAAAAUAACAAAAUUUUUGAGAUUAAUAACAAUAAAUCCAGUCAGAUGGUUCAGAUGGCAGGUCUAAGCCUCUUCUUUGAUUUUUCCCCGGUUCCGGAAGUGUCACUGUUCCGCCAUUCCGGAAGUGUCACUAUUCCGCCAUUCCGGAAGUGUCCAAAUUCCGGAAAUGUCCUGAUGCGUAAUUUGCACGCACUUCCUUGCUAAAAAGAACCUGAACCCAAAAAGUAGUUCACCCUAAAAAAAAUCGACUCCCCCGGUAUUAUGAACAUCAUCACGACACUAGUGCAUCAAAUUAUAGCUCAUUUUUAUGACACCUAGACCUUAGAAAUGUUAGAAAUUUCCUGGAAAGCCAAAGCAAAACAUUUCACAGCGACACAUCUUACUCGGCCAAAUAAAGGUAUUAUUAUUUGUUUGUUUAAAAUGCCGGUUUCGUGCAGAAUUUAAAAUACCCGUUUACUGCGUCAUCAGUGCAGUCGUGCUUUGCGCCAGCAUUGAAGAGACAACCGGAUAUCGCUGAGAUCUCAUGUCAGGGUUAUAAGGUAGUCGUAUAGCUUCUAGAACUUUUUCCUAUCGUUUGUUUUUCUAGGUGGCAGGCAGCUUGCUGUUAUUGGAACUCAUAGUUUUCUUAACCUUUGAUUAGCGCAUAAAACUUCUUUGCUUUUCAUUACUAAAAAUCUCAACGUUUAGAAACCGAAAGCGCAAAGAUUUUUAACCUAGCUUUGCUCAGUAUUCCAUAAAAAUUAGCCUAAAAUUGAACCCAAGAGCGUUAUUUCUAAGCUAGCUAGCAGACAGACCAUAAAAGUAAAGCUAAUGCAGGCUCAAAUUAAAAGAACUUCCCCUAGUUGGUGUAUGUGGGCACACUAAACGAUGUUGAUUCUUGCCCACACAUUUCUAACCUGUUGUCUUUCAGAUAUUAAUGUUAUUCAAGGAUUGGGUUGAUCAUUUUGUUGCCGUUUCACCGUACAUUGAACUGCUGAUAUGUAUUCCCAGCAUUGUCAUUAAUAUUUAUUCGGCUAUUCGAUUUGCCAAUCUCAAUUCCUAUAGCAAUAAUUUUCGAAUUGUCAUGGUAAGUAAAAUCUACAAAAAAAUUCGUUUCCUAUAGUCUUUAGCCUGCAAAUAUCGUUUAAUAUUUCGGGUUUGCUUGCAACGGACGAGCGAAAUAUAAAACUAGCAACGUCGCCAAUAAAAAAAUUGCCCGCCACCGCGUAUAAACCGUCUAUUUUUCAGAUCUCAACAAAUUUUAUUGUUGCUGGCGCCUCUCUUUUUCAUCCCAUUACCUCAAUGACCCCCAUGGAAUAUAUUUCAUUCGCUGAUGGACAUUACAUCGCUGGUAUUUUGUUUUACAUGAUUGCUUUUACACAUCAUGGCUGUGUGUUCAUAUUCGACAUAAAAUUUUUUAUUUUGGGGUUUGAGCGUUGGGUGGCGUUUCGCUCUCGAGCUACGUAUGAGUAUAGCCAAGACAACAGCACCAUCAAGGUCUUUAUUUCUAUUGUAAGGAAAUGCUUGAACUUCUUCGAACAAAUAUUAUUCGCCUGUUCAACUAUUAAAUUAAUGCUAUUUCAGAUAAUUCUGGCUUGCUUCAUGUUGAUUGUUAAAUUAUUUUGUUAUAUUCAUUUCAAUCAUACUGAUUCGUACGACGUAAUUUUGUCAAGAGCUCUGGUAUUGGAAUUCGAUCUCCCUACGUUGAUCUCGACACAUUUUUUCGCUAGUAUUUCUUGGCUUUAUGCGGGCGUGGUAAGCUCAAUUUUACCCUCCCUGAUACCCUAGGCCUGGUCUCAAAAGACAAACCGAACCCUAUUUAUACAUUUUCAAAUAUUUCAGGUAUUCGCCAGGCUCCUUCGAACAGCCAAUGAGCACCGGUUUUUGGGUCAAACCUUGAGCGAGAGUUAUCAAAUCAAAGAAACGAUUAGUAUUCUAUCUGUUAUUGGGCCAAUUAUUCGCGCCUACCUUGGAGUCGUAAUAUUCUGCAGCAUCUGCGUUUCCCUCAACAUGUAUGGGAUCCUCUAUGGCCGUUGGCAAGAGAGGAGUAGUUAUUACCAAGGGCUAACUAAUGUAAGUCCAACUUUUCAACUAAUUUCAGGACCAUUUAUGUAACCUUACUCCCAAAUUUUGUUUUUCAGUUGGAGUACAUUUGCAUUAAUAUCUACAACUUCUACGCCAGCUCCUACGCAAUAUGGCAUCUUCGGCCGUUACGAAAAGUCUUUCUCAUGGAUAUCCGAUCGCUAUUUCGCACGUCGAUCGACAUCGAAAACCAAGUCAAUCCCGGUUUGGAGAAGCACGCGGACGAAGCCAAAGUCUACUUCGACCAGCUACAAAACCAAUGGAGCUAA